CAUCCUAUUGUCAUUCAAUACAAUUCACAUUUCACAUAUCAGUCACAACAUUCAUAACUGAUCCGAUGUUCUCAAAAAUAAAUGCUUUUUUAAUGUGGAUUUAAUUGAAAUUGAUUGUCAAUUGUAAUAAAAUAAAGUCCUUUUAUAUAAAUAUAACUGCUCAUGUGAAGCAGCGCAGCGCAAUUGGCACAGUCAACAGUGUUACCUAUGUCUACACCGGUAUAAAGUGCAGGCUGCAGAGCGCAGGCCCGUGUUUAUUAAAAAUUAAAAAGUACUUUGUGGUGCAAGCACGAACAUCAAUAAUCAAUACAAAGCCGUUUGUAGUAUCUACUAACAGCUAGUAUAUUGUCAAAUAGAUUACUUAUGUCCAAUUGUUCGUGUGUGGAAAUAAUAACUUAUUUAAGUUGAACGUUUUGAAGAAUAAUUUAGAUUCAUACGAAAAUCUGUGUCCAGUGUAUAGGUGUGCUUUUGUUAUUCCUACAAUAAAGUAUAUGUCACUUUUUACGGAGCAGCGCACUGCGCGGUGCGCAAUGUUAUCUAUCUCUUUUCCGGUCCGACUUUAGUGCAAGCACCGAAAGUGCACAUAAAUCAAUAAUCAAUACAAAGUCCUUUCUGUUGGGCGUCAGCGAUGACAAGACUUAUUUAGAUGUGUGAUUAAGUUUCUCUUUGUUCUUCAAGAUAAUAUUCGUCUUUUUCGCAAAAUGGCUCAAAAAGGUGAUGAACUCAAUAUUUACUGGAAUAAAAUAAACUAUGCAUUUCCCAUUCUCAAUGAUACACUGUUUACUGACUGCACUGAUACUGAAUAUGAAGAAAUACAAGAAAUUAUAACCGGCUUAGGUAUUCAGGUAAAAAUACGCGACCUUGUACUUGUUUACAUUGAGAAAUAUAUGCGUCAACUUAUAGCUCCUAUAUUUUGGGCAAAAUUUAUUAAAGUGGAUGAGGAGAUUAAAGGCUUUCAGCUGUUCAAGUCUGCAGUAAAUGACUUAUACGAAUCUGUCAAUAGUUUUUCAAGUAUGCUAAGAAAGCUUAUAAAACUUAAUAGCGUCUGUUGUGACAAAGGACCUAUUUUUGGUGAGAAAGAUAUUGUAUCUGGAUUUAAACAACUUUUGAGAGCUACCUUACUAUCACAAUUACCUGUUGAUUUUCAUGUUAUAAUAAAUCAUUUUUAUAAACUAUCAUUUAAUGUCUUUGAUAAUGAAAAUGAAAAUAAUUCAGAUAUUAGUGUAGAUGUUAUGUGUGCAGGAUGUUGGAAUGAUUAUUCCGAUUGUAACUGUGCUUAUAUUGUUAAGGUUUUCCAUGAUACAAACAGGAAACUCAUGGAAUUACAAUUGCUGGAGAGACUGGCUGGUCAAGUACUUACAAAUUUUAUACAAGUUAGAAUUGAAACACACAUACAAAAACUCUGCACUGGAACUUUUGAUGUUUCACAUAUUUCCCAUCUAGAAAACUGGCUAGACAUUACAGUAAUGUCAUGGUUGACACGAAUAUAUUGUGCCGGGUCAUCAAAACCACCACCAGAUAAUAAAAAUAUCCAAAAUGCUAUUGCCAAGUUUAAGCAAAAAUUGAGUUACUUUUUGUAUCAUACAUAUAUGAAACUAAGAAUUGAUCAAUUAUUUAAUAUUAUAAUUGAAUACCCUGAUUCUCAGCCUGCUAUUGAAGAUAUCAAAGCUUGUUUGAGUAAAACAGAUUUGUGUUCUUCAUUGUGUAAAAAACUACAAACUGCUUUAGAGACCCGACUUCUGCAUCCUGGAGUAAAUACACCAGAUAUAUUAACUGCUUAUAUUUCCACCAUCAGAGCUCUUAGAUAUUUAGAUCCUUCUGGAGUAAUUUUAGAGAAAGUCACGAGGCCUGUUCGAAAUUACUUAAGGAAUCGAGAAGAUACUGUUCGGAGUGUUGUCAGUAGUUUGACAGAAGAGGGAUCUGGAAGUGAGCUUGCUGAGGAAUUAGCUAAAUUUGCAGCUAGUACAGGGGAAGAAAUUGAUCAUGAAGAGGCUUGGGAUGAGUGGGUCCCUGAACCUGUAGAUGCUGAUCCUAAACAAAAACCUAACAAUAGUAGGGGCAAUGACAUUAUAUCAAUGCUUGUAAAUGUUUAUGGCAGUAAAGAAUUAUUUGUGAAUGAAUAUAGAACUCUUUUAGCAGAUAGAUUAUUAGCACAAAGUGUAAUCAACACAGAAAAGGAAAUAAGAUACUUGGAGUUGUUGAAAAUAAAAUUUGGAGAGUCACACUUACACUUUUGUGAAGUAAUGUUAAAAGAUAUAUCAGAUUCUAAGAGAAUUAAUGCUCUUAUACAACAGGAUGAAAACUUUGAAGAUUUGAAUCAAAAAUUUACAUCAAAUGCAAUGAUAUUGUCUGCACAGUUCUGGCCCCCCUUCAAAGAUGAAAGUUUGGAAUUACCAGAAGAAAUUAAACAACAUUUAGAAAAGUACACGAAAGCAUAUGAAGCAUUAAAAGGGAACAGAACUUUAAGUUGGAAACCUCAUCUAGGCAAUGUUAAUAUUGAGAUAGAAAUUGGUGAGAAAAAAUUAGAGUUGACUGUGUCACCAUUUAAUGCCACUUUAAUUAUGCACUUCCAAACCAAACCAGAAUGGUCGAUUGAGGAACUUCAUCAGACAAUGAAAGUUCCAAUAAUGAUCUUAAGAAGAAAAAUAACCUAUUGGCAGUCACUCGGUCUCAUAUCUGAGAAGUCUACUGAUGUUUAUGUUCUGGUUGAAGGAUCGGAGGCAAAUAAAUCAAGUGUAGCAUCCAAUCAGGUGCAGGAAAUGAUUUGUGAAGAUGAAGAAUCUGAGAGUGUGAUGGCUUCUGCCCAUGACCAGAGGGAAGGAGAACUACAAGUAUUCUGGUCAUAUAUUGUUGGUAUGUUAACCAACCUAGAUUCCUUGCCAUUAGAGCGAAUACAUCAAAUGCUCAAAAUGUUUGCCUCACAAGCGCCUGGCACAGAGUGCAGUUUGCAGGAACUUAGGCAAUUUUUGGAUACUAAAGUUCGUACGCACCAACUUGUUUUGCAGGGUGGCAUGUAUAAAUUGCCCAAGAAUUAAAAUAGUUAUCAUGUCAUGUCUAGAUUAAAUAAUUAAUUUAAAGCACUAUUGUAUUUAAUAUGAAAUAAAAAGCAUGUAAAGGUAUAACAGAAUUUUAUUUUCAAA